GUCCAGCUAUGCACUUGUUUAUCUUCAGCCACGCAAAACGUGUCAGGAAAUAAAAGUUAUAUUACUCAAAUAAAAGUCUUGGACUUGAAAUAGCGUAAUUGACAUCACGUUUUUAAUUUUAUAUUUGCUAUGAAUUCAGCGGACUUAACGGAUAAAUUAAUAGUGGGUGAGAAAACGAUGGAAUCCAAUGCUUCUAAAAUAUUCCAAUCCAAACGAAAAUCAGAACUUCAAAUUAAAAGUAGCAAAAAAAUAUGUUCCAAAGAAUUACGACGUGGUUUUACUGAAGCUUCAUUUGAUGAAGCAGAAUAUUAUUUUGAAAACCACUUACGAAAAGUAUAUCCAUAUUAUUUUACAUACACAACAUUUUGUAAAGGUCGAUGGGUAGGGAAACGUUUAAUAGAUGUAUUUAGUCAAGAAUUCCGUGCACAUUCAAAAGAAGAAUAUGAAAAAAAUAUUACCUGUGGUAAUAUUAGAAUAAAUGGAAAAACUAUAAGCUGCGACUAUAUAUUCAAAGAAAAUGAUUGUGUUACUAAUAAAGCUCAUAGACACGAAAUCGCAGUUGCUGCAGCUCCAAUAAAAAUUAUUCAUUCUAGUGAUGAUUUUCUGGUAGUUGAUAAGCCACCUUCAAUACCUGUGCAUCCAUGCGGUCGUUAUCGUCAUAAUUGUCUUUUGUUUAUCCUUGCAAAAGAACACAAUUUAAAAGAAUUGUACUCUGUGCAUAGACUUGACCGAUUGACAUCAGGUCUACUAGUUUUUGCUAAAACUAUUAAAAAAUCACAAGAAGUUAACGAACAGAUACGUGAACGAAAAGUCAAAAAAGAAUAUGUUUGUAGGGUUGAGGGCAAAUUUCCUGAUGGUCUUGUUCUGUGUAAAGAGCCCAUUGAAGUCAUCUCUCCUAAAAUGGGUGUGAGUAUAGUGAGCUCAUCAGGAAAGGACUGUGAAACUGAAUUUAGUAGAUUAAGUUAUAAUGGCAAAUCAAGUGUUGUACUUUGUAAGCCUUUAACUGGCCGAAUGCAUCAGAUAAGGGUUCAUCUUCAAUAUCUUGGCCAUCCUAUUGUUAAUGAUCCAAUUUAUAACCAUGAACAGGCGUUUGGCCUUCUAAAAGGAAAAAAUGGUGAGACUGGUAAAUCUCGUGAGCAAUUAUUGGAAGAUCUCAUGCAAACACAUAAUCUUCAGAAAUGGCUUUUAGAUGACUCUUCUGCUGAAUUUCUAUCUGAAGAUGAAUCACAGGGAGAAAAAUUAAGUGAGCUUGAAAAUAAAAUAGCUGUUCGUGCUUUGGAAUAUUAUAUUAAAGCAGAAGGAUUUGAAGAUUUGGCCAAAAAGUAUGCAAAGGACCCUGAAAAAUUUUUAAUGGACAGUGCUUGUGACUUGUGUCAUCAGCGAUAUAUGGAUCCAGAACCAAAGGAUUUAAUUCUUUUUCUCCAUGCUUUAAGGUACAGAGGUGAUGGUUGGGAAUUUGAAACUGAACUGCCAAUUUGGGCUAGAGAUGACUGGAUGGAAAAUUAAAUAUAAAUCAUUUAUUGUAAAUACUCUUAUCCUUUUGCAGAAUUUUACAAUAAAAUAGUACUUGUAUCACUCUUUCA